GAAAAUUUUUUUGAGAGCGCGUGUUUCUUUCUUUGACGUUCUAUGUUUUGGCGGAGCUUUCAUCAAAACUCAGCUUUUUUUCUUUUUUCGCCUCCCCCCUCACUUACACUUUCCAAAACCGAACUGUUAGAAGCUGUCAUGCAGCAGAACCAUUCUUAGUUCAUUACUAGAGUAUUUUCUGGAAGCUCUUGACAUUUAUAUACAAUUAAUCAAGUAUGACUGUCACUAUGUCCCAUGUGUCUUGCAGAACUAGACAGUUGUUAUUUUAUAAGCAUACAUUUAAAUGACAGAUUGCAUAGCAACCCCGAGUUUGCAUAGUGCUCAUAUUCAAUGAGCAAUAAUCAUUGCUGUCCUGACAACGAAUGCUUGAUUUAUUGUAGGGAAGUUUAAUCCGCGCUGUCAGCUGCCAUACAAAAAAAUAAAUAUUUUACCUUUUUUUUUUAUUACCUGUCCCCCAUUUGAUGAAUAACACUCGAAUCUUGCUCGUUGGACUUGGUAAUACCACAUUACCAAACACUCGACACAAUGUAGGCAUGAUGGCACUGGAUUCCAUUGCCAAAGCCCUGAAUCUGAAUUGGACUCAAAAGGCUACCUGGAAAUCCGACAUUACCGAGACAACGCUUCGGGUCCCUUCUGCGGAUACUGUCAAGGAGUACCAAGUGACAUUUUUAAAGCCAAGAAAGCUCAUGAAUAUCAGUGGAUCCUGUGUAGCUCAAGCAGUCAAAGAUCUUUCGAUUCCUUUAAAGAACUUGUACGUAUUUCAUGACGAUAUGCAACGGGAUAUUGGCAAAGUGAAUUUAAAAGGCAAUGGAUCUGCCAACGGACACAAUGGCAUCAAAUCCGUCAUUGAUAAUUUACGGACCAAUGAAUUUAAACGUGUGCGUAUUGGUGUAGGACGGCCUGCAGCCGAAAUUGAUGAUCGGUCGUAUGGGGUCGUGGCCAAUUUUGUGCUGGGUAAAUUUACAACCAAAGAAUUAGACAUGUUAGAAAAAACUGUUUACCCCAUGUGGACACAAAACCAAGGUUUAGAGUUAUUAUGUGAUAAAGGUGAGCUUAUCCAAUCGCCCAAAAAGAAGAACAAACACUCGAAUCCAAACAAGAUCAAAAAGAAGAAGAAGGAGGAGUUGUUUGAAGAACACGAGCAGUUGGUCGCACAAGAGCCCCAUAAUAUAAACAUAGAGGACAAAUAGAAGACACUUGGAAUUCAUCUUGCAUUUUUAAUUAUAAUAAACAAUACGUAUCUUUUUUUUUAUAACAGAUCCCUCUCUCUCUCUUUUGACUUUCCA